AUGACCGUACACGGCCUCUUAAAGUAUACCAUAAUCGUCAUGAACUUCAUCUACUGGCUACUAGGAGGGUCCUUGUUCCUUCUCGGGCUCUACGUAUUUCUUGUGAAAGAACGCAUCCUCAGGCGUUGUGUGGACUUGACAUUCGACCCCGCCGUAGUCUGCAUGGUGAUCGGUCUGGGUGCUUUCUGUCUUGCCAGUUGUGGCUGCAUCGGAGCUCUCCGCGAGAACUUACGGCUGCUCAGCAUCUACAGGGUAUGCCUGGUGAUAUUGUUCAUCAUCACCAUCUUCUUUACUGCGCUGAUUUUCCUCUUCAGCGUUGCGAACUUGAAAAGUUAUCGCAUCGUCGAGAGAACUCUUCGUCGGGCCAUCGUCAUCUACCGCGACGAUCCCGACCUGGAAGACUUCAUAAACGCCGUUCAGAUCUCGCUUCAUUGCUGUGGCAUUUCAUCAAGAGGAUACCUCGACUGGCAGUUGAAUCAGUACUUCAAUUGUUCCGAGUUGAAUUACAGUCGUGAGCGUUGCGGCGUACCCUAUUCGUGUUGUAAGCGCAGCGGAGCGUUGAUUAACGUCAUGUGUGGCUACGGCGUUACUGACAGUGCCAGAAAUAGUGAUGUGUACCGGCGUAUUUUCACGGAAGGCUGCCUCAGUGCUUUGAGACGCACACUUAGAGAGAACGGUGUAAUGUUGAGUUCGAUUACGGGGACGGUGGUGGGAACUUUGGCUGUGGGAAUAACGUUUGUGUGUUUGCUCAUGCAUUCCAUAAAGGAAAUCGCGGAAUCGAGAGUUCCUGGAGGACGUCCUCAAGAGGUGCGUUCGGGUCAGGGUCACUUAUCGGUUUCCACGUUAUAG